AGUGAGAUGAGAUACUGAAACAAAGACGACGGAGUUCAAUUACAUCACACAGCAAUGGAGAUUUGAAGGGUAGAGGGCCGAAAGAAUAGAAGGGACGUCCUCAUUGAUGGACUUCACGGGCCUCAAAUCCCUACACAUAGCAACCAUCUUCUAUUUUCGACAAAAAGCUUCUCUCUUUCGUCCCUUCAACUUAGUUCAGUUCAAACACACCCUCCAUCUUUAUCUUCCCUCUCAUCGUAUCUCUCCCCUCUGCUCGCUAAAUGGGGAGGCUGAAAUAAGUCAAGAGAGCACUUUGCCUCGUGGGACUGGCGAGGCAGUGAAUGAGGUGUCACGUCCCAAAAUUCUUCAGGUUGUGCUGGUGUCUCCUCAGAUUCCAGGAAACGCAGGUGCCAUUGCUAGAACAUGUGCAGCAUCAGCUGUUGGACUACACUUGGUUGGGCCAAUGGCAUUCAAAGUGGAUAGCAAUAAACUAAAGCGAGCAGGACUAGAUUACUGGCCAUACGUAGUUGUUAAAAUUCAUGAUUCAUGGGUAGAUUUUCGUGAUUAUUUCAGGCAGCAGGAGGGUGAAAAGAGGCUGCUAGCAUUGACAAAGAGGGGAACGAAAGUUCAUUCAGACUUUUCCUACAGAAAAGGGGAUUAUCUUUUAUUUGGCUCUGAAACGAGUGGCUUGCCUCCUGAAGCCCUGCAAGAUUGCAAUUCUGAACCUUAUGGUGGUGGCACUAUCCGAAUCCCAAUAGUUGAAACUUAUGUCAGAUGUUUGAAUCUUUCUGUAAGUGUUGGUAUAGCAUUAUAUGAAGCUUCCAGACAACUGAACUACGAGCAGCUUCGAGCACCUUCUGUAACAAGUAGUGAUACUGAAGAAUCAUUUGUUACUGAGGACAUUUUUGGUUGAAAACUAAAAUUUACUACAGAUAAUCACAUCUUGACCAGGUGAAUUUCAUUCUUUCAGAUUCUGUCAUGAUGAGUGGGUAAAUUGAGCCUUCUCUUCUCCCAUUCAAAUGCAAAAAAAUUGGUGGAAGAGUGAAUCUAUUAAAUAUAAGGAGACCAAGUCAAUUAUUAAUGAAUGUAUAAAUUCGCUGGUCAUAUUUUUUAGUGGGAUUUACUUAUGAUAUGUUUACAUGUUUA